AUGAGUGUGCAUCACAUGCUUGCCAGAAUAGUGCUACGUGUGUAGAUGGUAUCAAUACAUACACAUGUGUUUGUCCAUCGGGGUACGACGGAGAAUUCUGUAACAACAAUAUUGACGAAUGUGCCCAAGAUCCCUGUAUUAAUGGGGGAACAUGUAUUGAUGAAGUCAAUGAUUACACGUGUAACUGCGUCACGGGAUAUACCGGCAAAACAUGUGCAACAAAUAUUGAUGACUGUGCAGCCAAUCCUUGCCAGAAUGGUGCCACGUGUUUAGAUGAUGUCAAUGACUACUCUUGCGUAUGUGUAGCUGGAUAUACUGAUAAAAAUUGCGACACUGACAUUGAUGAGUGUGCCAAUCAUAUAUGCCAGAAUGGAGCUACAUGUGUAGACAACAUUGACGGAUAUACAUGUUUAUGUGCCCCCGGAUAUGAUGGAACUUACUGUGUUGAUGAUAUUGAUGAAUGUGAAAAUCACAAUUGUCAAAAUGGCGCAAUAUGUAUAGAUGGGAUCGACGGAUACACGUGUGAUUGUGUAAAUGGUUAUGACGGAACAUUUUGUCAGAACAAUAUAAAUGAAUGUGCUAGCCAUAGUUGUUUGAAUGGUGCCACAUGUGUAGACGGUAUCGAUGUGUAUACAUGCAAUUGUGUAGACGGCUAUACAGGGGAAUUCUGUGCUACAGACAUUGAUGAAUGUAGUUCACAUGCCUGUGUAAAUGGAGCAACAUGUGUAGACGCUGUCAAUCUGUACACAUGUGACUGUGUAACUGGCUAUACUGGGACAUUCUGUGAAACAAAUAUUGACGAGUGUGACCCAGAUCCGUGCCAAAAUGGAGCUACCUGCGUGGAUAAUGUAAAUGAUUACACAUGUAACUGUGUGGAUGGUUACACCGACAAAAAUUGCCAGACUAACAUAGAUGAGUGUAAUCCAGAUCCUUGCCAGAAUGGAGCUACUUGUGUGGAUAUGAUCAAUGAUUACACGUGUAAUUGUGUAGCCGGAUAUGAAGGAAAGAAUUGCGGCACGAACAUUGAUGAGUGUGAUUCUGAUCCAUGCCAAAAUGGCGGCACAUGUACUGAUGAAGUCAAUCAGUAUACCUGUAUCUGUGUACCUGGGUACAAUGGGGAUGAAUGCGAGAAUAAUAUUGACGAGUGUAACGGUAACCUUUGUGAAAACGGAGCCACCUGUGUAGACGGUAUUAAUUUAUACACCUGUGACUGUGUACCAGGAUAUGAUGGGGUUUACUGCGGAAAUGACAUAGAUGAGUGUGCAUCACACAACUGUUUGAACGGCGCAACGUGUAUUGAUGAGAUCAACACGUACAACUGUCUUUGUGUAACUGGUUACACAGAUCAGUACUGUCAGACAGACAUUGAUGAGUGUGCAUCACAUGCUUGUCAGAAUGGUGCUACGUGUGUAGAUGGUAUCAAAACAUACAUAUGUGUGUGUCCAUCGGGGUACGACGGAGACUUCUGUAACAGUAAUAUUGACGAAUGUACCCAAGAUCCCUGUAUUAAUGGUGGAACAUGUAUUGAUGAAGUCAAUGAUUACACGUGUAACUGUGUCACGGGAUAUGCAGAUAAAACAUGUGCAACAAAUAUUGAUGACUGUGCAGCCAAUCCUUGCCAGAAUGGUGCCACGUGUUUAGAUGCUGUCGAUGACUACUCUUGCGUAUGUGUAGCUGGAUAUACUGAUAAAAAUUGCGACACUGACAUUGACGAGUGUGCCAAUCAUAUAUGCCAGAAUGGAGCUACAUGUGCAGACAUCAUUGACGGAUAUACAUGUUUAUGUGCCCCCGGAUUUGAAGGAACUUACUGUGUUGAUGAUAUUGAUGAAUGUGAAAAUCACAAUUGUCAAAAUGACGCAAUAUGUAUAGAUGGGAUUGACGGAUACACGUGUGAUUGUGUAAAUGGUUAUGACGGAACAUUUUGUCAGAACAACAUAAAUGAAUGUGCUGGCCAUAGUUGUUUGAAUGGUGCCACAUGUGUAGACGGUAUCGAUGCGUAUACAUGCACUUGUGUAGACGGCUAUACAGGGGAAUUCUGUGCUACAGACAUUGAUGAAUGUAGUUCACACGCCUGUGUAAAUGGGGCAACAUGUGUAGACGCUAUCAAUCUAUACACAUGUGACUGUGUAACUGGCUAUACUGGAACAUUCUGUGAAACAAACAUUGACGAGUGUGACCCAGAUCCGUGCCAAAAUGGAGCUACCUGCGUGGAUAAUGUAAAUGAUUACACAUGUAACUGUGUGGAUGGUUACACCGACAAAAAUUGCCAGACUAACAUAGAUGAGUGUGAUCCAGAUCCUUGCCAGAAUGGCGCUACUUGUGUGGAUAAUGUCAAUGAUUACACGUGUAAUUGUGUUGCCGGAUAUGAAGGAAAGAACUGCGGCACAAACAUUGAUGAGUGUGAUUCUGAUCCAUGCCAAAACGGCGGCACAUGUACUGAUGAAGUCAAUCAGUAUACUUGUACCUGUGUACCUGGGUACAAUGGGGAUGAAUGCGAGAAUAAUAUUGAUGAAUGUAAUGGUAACCUUUGUGAAAACGGAGCCACCUGUGUAGACGGUAUCAAUUUAUACACCUGUGACUGUGUACCAGGAUAUGAUGGGACUUACUGCGGAAAUGACAAAGAUGAAUGUGCAUCUCACAACUGUUUGAACGGCGCGACGUGUAAUGAUGAGAUCAACACGUACAGCUGUAUUUGUGUAACUGGUUACACAGACCAGUAUUGCCAGACAGAUAUAAAUGAGUGUGCAUCUACUCCCUGUGAUAAUGGAGGAUCAUGUACAGAUCUAGUGAACGGAUUUGAAUGCUCAUGUGCCAAUGGAUUUACUGGUUUAAUUUGCAGAGCAGGUGAGCUAGGUGAUGACUGCUCUACACGAGCUGAGGUAUGUGCUGACCUUGCCAAUGCUGAAUGUGAUGGUAGUACAUGUGUAUGUAUAACUGGGUACGAAGAUCCCACUGGUGCCACAGGAACUUGCAGUCGUGUUGACUGUGGAACAGUAACUCCACCUGUUGAUGGAACUGUGGACCAUGGUGAAGGAACAUUAUACGAGAGUAAGGCAUAUUUCUCCUGUAAUGCCGGCUACACACUGACUGGAGUGUCCUCAGUCACCUGUCAGGCAGAUGCGACAUGGGACGGAACCGCGCCGACAUGUGUCAUCAAAGACUGCGGUACAUUAGCCACUCCGUUGAACGGUAAUCUGCAGUACACACCCAACACAGAGUACCUAGGUUUGGCCGAGUUCAGCUGUAUUACAGGUUACACUCUUAUGGGAGAUGCGACCAGAACUUGUCAGGAUACUGGAGUAUGGGGAGGAACUAACCCUAUCUGUCAAAUAAACGACUGUGGUACGACUGUUGCACCAGCGAACGGUGGCGUGGACCUCACAGACGGAACGACGUAUGAAAGCGUUAUUGUAUUCCAGUGCGACAAUGGUUACGAUCUUGUCGGACAGUCUAGUCUGGAAUGUCAGGCUGACUCUAAUUGGGAUGCUUCAAAACCAACUUGCAAUAUAAAAGACUGUGGUUUUCUCUCCGAUCCUACCAAUGGUGCAGUUGAUCACGCGGACGGCACAACAUAUCUAGCAGAAGCCGUCUUCUCAUGUGAUACUGGUUACACAUUGAUUGGAACCUCGUCAAGGAUCUGUCAAGCAUCAGGUUCUUGGAGCGGCAGCAGCGAUCCAUAUUGUCAGAUCAAUGAUUGUGAGCCUCUAACAGCCAUAUUAAAUGGAGAAAGUGUUCUUUAUGACACUACAAACUCAACAUUUGGGGCAACAGCGACAGUCACAUGUGAUACAGGCUACAUUGCGAAUACAACAAACAUAACGUGUUUAGCUUCAGGGAAAUGGGAAGUAGCAAAAUGCUCUGUCGUCGACUGUAAAAAUGUACCUGAUGUCCCACAAGGAACUGCAGUACUGUUUGAGGAGGGAAAUACAACUUAUGGAGCCUACGCAGCUGUUAUUUGUGAAACUGGUUAUAAUGCGUCUAUGGGUACAAUACAGUGUUUGGAAGCAGGAAGGUGGGAAAAUUCAACUUGUGACUUGAUAGACUGUAAAGCAAUCCCUGAAGUUGCUGCUGGGAGCAUUACACUCUUUAAAGAAGGAAAUAUCACGUAUGGUGCAUUAGCCGAGGUGACAUGUGCAAAAGGUUACAACACAACAUUACAUAUUAUUCAGUGUCUUGAAACGGGAGACUGGGAGAUACCCUCAUGUGAUGUUAUAGACAUUACUAAAGGAACAGUCACACCAGUUGAAGACAGUAAUACAACUUAUGGCGCCCUUGCUAACGUAAUCUGUGACAAUGGUUAUAAUGCUAGUUCUACAACAAUACAGUGUCUUGAUACAGGAAAGUGGGAAGUAACGACUUGUGAAAUAGUUGACUGUGGUAGUUUGACUGUUCCUACAAAUGGCAAAUUAGACAGUUCUACUGGAACAACUUACAACUCAAUAGUCAAGUUCAGGUGUGAUGAUGGAUACACUAUAGAAGGCAGCGCCACAAAUGUUUGUGUAUUCAAUGGCUCAUGGAGUGCACAAAGCCCUACUUGUCUUAUUAAAGACUGUGGAGGGCUCCAAGAUCCAGUAAAUGGCUGGGUUCAGACUUCCGGUGGAACAACAUAUAAAGCAGAAGCAGUAUACAGCUGUAAUGAAGGAUACACUCUGAAUGGUCGGGAAUCACGCGUUUGUUUAGCUAACGGAUCGUGGAGUUUCUCAGCCCCUAAGUGUACACAAACAGGUUUGAUAACAAGGCAUUGCCGAUCUGAUGGUUCCUGGCAGUUGCCACAGUACAAUUGUGUUCGUGAAAGUGUGAAGGAGGUCGAAGAAAAGUUAUUUGCUUUGAACGUCAAUGCUUCAGAGAAUGACGUUAGUGAUGUACUAUUGGAAAUAAAUAAAGUUACUGUUAAGAAUGAAAGUACGCGAGCAGAAGACCGUUUAACUGAUGGAGAACUCAACGUCUUGUCUUCGUCUUUAGAAACGGUUGCAGAAUUAUUGGUAGCUUUAGCAGGAAUAAUAAAUGAUGAUAUUACUGAGGAUUUCCUCGAAUCAGCCAGCAACCUUAUAGAUGAUUCAAAUCAGGAAAGUUGGCAGUCAUUAUCAGAAUCAGGAAGCAGUGGAGCUGAAAAGGUAUUAAUAGCAGUUGAUACUAUGGCCAAAGCAUUAAGUCAAUCUAUUGGGUCGUCAGAGAAAAAUAAAACAAUAAUCGUCAAGAAAAACAUUGCAAUUGAAGUAAAGACGUUUUCAAAUGAAGGUUUCAUAUUUCCGAAUCCUGCAGAAAGUGAACCCGGUGAAGAUGACGAUGACAAAAAAUGGCUGACGGAGUCACAAAGUAGAUUGCAGUUGGAUGCUAAGUCACUGAAAAACGAUACAGUGAAGUACGUAACCACUGCAGUUAUAUACAGAGAUAUGUCAGAAAUUCUACCGACAAAACAAACAAACUUCACAAGUGAAAAUUCAGACCAUGCGGAAUCAGACGAAGAGGAAGUGGUCAUAAAUUCACCUAUUCUUUCCUUGACAAUUUAUCCACCGGUGUCUGAGAAACUGAACCCCCCAAUUACGUUUACUUUUGAACAUGACUCAACAAAUUUCACUGGUCCUUCGUGCGUAUUUUGGUCAUUUCAAAGUAGUGGUUCAGGACCUGGAUUCUGGUCUACGGAUGGCUGUGCAGUCAACACUACAAAUGAGAACUUUACCGUUUGCCAGUGUGAGCAUCUCACUAACUUUGCUGUUUUAAUGAGUCCCUUUAAGGAGGCUGAUGCCACAUCAGAUGCACUCCGAAUUAUUUCUAUGGUUGGUAUAGGAAUUUCUAUUGCAUGUUUAAUUGUCACGCUGGUUCUUCACUUCUGUCUGUGGAAGUAUUUACGAAAUGAUCGCACCACAGCUUUGAUGAAUUUGUGUGUUGCUCUUUUGAUCUCCUACAUUAUAUUCCUAGCUGGGGUUGACAGAACAGAAAGUACUGCUGCAUGUGCUGCAAUAGCUGCUGUUAUACAGUAUAUCUAUUUGGUUGUGUUUUGUAUCAUGUUGGUUGAAGGCAUUGAACUGGCUGUGACAGUUCUCUAUGUGUUUAAAACGAAGUCAAGAAUUAAAAUCAUGCUUGUCCUCGCUUGGGUGAUUCCAGCUGUAAUUGUUGGAAUAUCUCUCGGUGUUUCCAAACUAGAAGGCUACGGAAACGAAAAUUUUUGCUGGCUGUCUGUUGAUAAUGGUCUAAUCUGGGCUUUCGUUGGACCAGCAUUGUUGAUUAUCACUUUCAAUGGUAUUUGUCUGAUCAUUGUCAUGCGUGUAAUGUUCCAAACAAAAUCUAUGGAGACAAAAACAGUUUUGGAAAAAAUAAAAACAAGUUUUAGGUCACUGUGCGUGCUGGUUCCAGUGCUGGGUUUGUCAUGGAUUCUUGGAAUAUUCUAUAUGAGCGACAGUUUCUAUUUCGUUCAGUACAUAUUCGCCAUAUUAAAUGGACUGCAGGGAUUUUUUAUCUUUUUAUUUCACUGCCUCCUCGAUCGUCAGGUCAAGAAAGCUUUGAUGCUUCGGGAAAGAAGAAGAUUGUCCGCAAAAGAAACAUUAAAAUCCACAGUUAGAAGUACAUCUAGAGAAGAGAGAAAGUCAAAGGACCUUAGAGAUACUAAUAAAACGUUAGUUGAUAGUGGAGAGUUUGCACAAGAGACGAGCAAUGACUGGAAAGAUAAGAUUUUACAACCAUAUUUCUCUCAACAAGAGGUGAAGUUUUCCACACCGCUAGGUUUCUAUGGAAACGGGAGACGUGCAGCUACAUUUAAUGCCGAAUCACAUAACAAACUUACGAGUUCAAGGUCCUAUUCAUUAUGUUCACAAAAUGUAUCUGAUCAGUUACAAACAAAUAUAUUAUCUGCAAGACUCUAAUAAAGUAUAUUUGAGUGCAAAGUAAAUGUAUCUUUCAAUAGUGAGAAAAAGAUUUACUUAAAUUUAUAUUACUUAGCUUGACAAUUUCGUUUUCAUGUUGCAUUUUUAAUAUGACAUUAUCUUUCUGCUUGAAAUUAUUGGAUGUUUGAAACACGAAUACAUGACAAAAACACUUAUGCUGGUCAUUAUUGCCAAUCCAUGUUUUCAUUGUGCCAUGGGGCAAGACGAGCCCAAAUACGGUUUUACAUCGAUUGUGCAAUGUAUGAAAUCUUUAUUUUGUGUUUUUGAUGAUGCUGUAUUAUUUUGAUAUGCUGACGUGCCAAUAUUUUUCACGUAUGCAUUUUAUGACUUUCACAUACUCCUUUGUUACCAUAUUAAAUUAUUAAAACCUAA